CGCGAAGAUCUCAGUAAUUUUAGAGUAGAAACUGUUUACAAGCAAGAGAUGCGCAAUCCUGAUUACAAUGUUUUAGAAACUCCGACACACGGUCGAUAUGUAGAACAAAAAGUUGAAUACAAUCCAGUAAAUGUCUUCACUAAUAAUAGAUUUAUAAAUAAACCUAAGUUUCCUUCAUAUACUGUUGAUAGAGAUGAUGAUCGACAAUCGUCCAAUUAUAAAACAAUGAAAAUCCAAGAAGUUGAUAUUAAUGAUUCUAAUGUUUUUAAAUUAACCAGAGAUCAAAUAAUAAGUCAAUUAAUAAAGAAUCGUGUUGAAUUGUACAUACGAAUUAAAGAAGCCAAAGGAAUUAAAUCUAAUCUUGAUAUCAAUUAUAAUUUAGCUAAAAGGAUAAGGACACAAUUGGAAAGUGGAAAUUAUAGCUUAGCUAAAGAAUUGUUUUCAGUUUUUAUUACUAAUACUGUUACGGAUACAAAUGAAUUUAGUCCAAAGAAUAUCUUCAAAGGGUUGUCGUCGCAGCAUGUCAAUGUCGAUAAGGAUGCAAUUUUUCCGCUGCCGCAAGUCAACAUGAAAAAUACGAGAAACGAUGUAAAAUUUGUGGCAUCAGAAGGCUUGUUAAAACAAUUAAAUGCAUUGAAAGAAAUUAGUUUUUGAAGCUUUUCACAG